AUGGACCCUUUAAAGUACAUGAUAGAGUCGACUGCUUUAAAUGGAAGAACGGCCCGGUGGCAAAUUCUACUUUUCGAAUUUGAUAUAGUCUAUGUGAACCAGAAGGAAAUAAAAGGGAGUGCAAUAGAAGAUUUUCUAGCCAGUAGAGCUCUAAAAUAUUACGAGCCUCUAAACUUUGAUUUUUCAAAUGAAGAUCUGAUGUAUGUUACAACCAUUGAAGAAGGUACUCAAGAAAAACAUCAUUGGAAACUAAAUUUUGAUGGGGCUUCAAAUGCUAUGAGUAAUGGAAUCGGUACAAUCCUGGUAUCUCCAAAUGGAGAUCAUUAUCCCUUUACUAGUAAAUUGGAUUUUAAUUGCACGAAUAGUAUGGCAGAAUACGAAGCAUGCAUUAUGGGUAUUCGUGCAGCCAUAGAACGCAAGAUCAAAGUACUAGAGGUAUAUGGGGAUUCUGCACUAGUGAUCUAUCAACUCAAAGGUGAAUGA